AUGAGUAAAAACAGACACGGACCGGAAAAAGUGCGCUUCGAGGGAAGAAGUCACUGAACGAGCAGGCGAAACUUGACAUUCUUCGAGACGCAAACAUGAUGAGGGUGGUUAGCUUUGCCUUUGUUAUUCUCUGCAUAUAUGCAGGGAAUUCUCACUCAAAACCUUCCUGUGGAUACCCGAUGUUGGAGUGGUGUAAGAGCCAAGAGAUCGCAGGCGAAUGUGGGGUUGAGAAGUACUGCCUGCACCGGAACGCCACAAGGCCGAACCGGGCCGAAUCUUCGGUGGAGGUGGGUCUGUACUACGAGAGCCUGUGUCCCGGAUGCAGAAUGUUCCUGGUAAAGCAGCUGUUUCCCACCUGGAUCAUGCUGCAGGACAUCAUGAACGUGCAGCUCGUGCCCUACGGGAACGCUCAGGAGUCGUUUGAUGGGAAGAAGUAUAAAUUUACUUGCCAGCACGGAGAAGAUGAAUGUUUGGGGAAUAUGAUCGAGGCGUGUGUCCUGAACAUCACAGGGAGCGUGGCCUUCCCCAUCAUCUUCUGCAUGGAGUCUGCGUUCGACGUGGAGAAAUCAGCCCAACCUUGUGUGGAGAUGCACUCCAGCUUGUGGGGGGCCAUUGAUGGCUGUGUGAAGGGGGAUCUGGGGAACGAGCUGAUGCACCAGAACGCCCUCAGGACGGGGGCCCUGCAGCCCCCCCACAAAUACGUGCCCUGGGUGACCAUCAACGGGGAACACACAGACGACCUUCAGCAGAAAGCCAUGUCGAGUCUCUUCCACCUGGUCUGCAGCUUGUAUAAGGGACCCAAGCCUCCGGCCUGCACCGGAGCCCAGCCCGCGCUGGACCUCCGAGCGAGCUUCUGCUAGCGCCAGCCUGCAGACCCCGUCCCCACCCAGGCCAGAGCUGUUCGACGCCGGGCUGGGUUCUACACGCACUGCGGAAUUUUGCACUGUUUUACAAUUACAGACCGUAAUUUCCAUCUGAUUGUUAAGAAAUGAAACGGAUGCAGUCCGCUGUAUCGCAACUGAAAGGUUUAAUAAAGUAUUUUUGUUUUCAAUCCA